AUGGAUGCAGACGAGAGCGGCGAUCUCACGGCGAAGUACAUCACCUCACCUUCCUCUUCUGCAAUCACGCUGCUAAUGCCCAGUAGGUUCUCUGGCGCCACCGUCACUCUCGUCGUUGGCGACUCCGAGGCCAUUCUAUGCGCCCACGAAUCUCUCCUCAAACAAAACUCCGCCUUCUUCCGCACAGCGCUAGAUAAAGACUGGAAAGAGCGCAAGACACGGGAGAUCACCCUUCCCGACGAUGAAGUGACCAUCGUGGUCGGAUAUCUCGAAUGGCUGUAUUGCUCCAAACUCACGACUCCAAAAGACGACGAAAAAAACUACGACCACCACACUGGAUACGUGUGGCUGACGAAGGCCUACAUCUUCGGCGAUAAGGUCCAAGACGAUGCAUUUUGUGACGAAAUCAUCUCCAACAUCGCACGACUGAUGGACACCCCCAUCAAUGGCAUGAGAUACUACCCGACUUGUGAGGCGCUGCAACUCAUCUAUUCAAGCACGCCGAAGCAUUCACCCAUCCGACAGAUGAUGGUCAGCAUCCUCGCUGCGCGUGCGACUCCUGCCAUUUUGGGGCGCGAUUUCCUUUCGUAUCCGCAGGAGUUUUUGCUGGAGCUUCUGCUGGAGAUGUCGGCGCGACGACCGCAGUUGAAGGUGCGCUCAGCCUAUGAUAUGCGGCAGCAAUGGUUCAAGAAAGUGUGA